GUUCCUCCCAUUUUCCAAUAGUUUCCAUGCAGUGGUGGUUUAUGGAAAACAUUUUUCUUCCAAACUGCCCAAACAACUUGGACAGGACUUAAACAUACAGAAGGGAAGAUAAAGAAAAAAGGUUAACUAUGGGGAAAAGAGUGGCCAUCAUCGGAGCUGGAGUCAGUGGCUUGGCCUCCAUCAGAAGCUGCCUGGAAGAGGGGCUAGAGCCCACCUGCUUUGAGAGGAGUGAAGACAUCGGGGGCCUGUGGAAAUUCUCGGAGCAUGCAGAGGAAGGCAGAGCUAGCAUUUACCAGUCUGUCUUUACCAACUCUUCCAAAGAGAUGAUGUGUUUCCCAGACUUCCCAUAUCCUGAUGACUUCCCCAACUUUAUGCAUAAUAGCAAGCUCCAGGAAUACAUCACUGUAUUUUCCAAAGAAAAGAACCUCCUGAAAUACAUACAAUUUAAGACACUUGUUUGCAGUGUAAAUAAACGUCCUGAUUUCUCAGUCUCUGGCCAAUGGGAUAUUACCACUGAAAGGGAUGGUAAAAGAGAAUCAGCUAUCUUUGAUGCUGUACUGAUUUGUUCUGGACACCAUGUGUACCCCAAUCUACCAGAAGAGUCCUUUCCAGGACUAAAACUUUUUAAAGGCAAAUGUUUCCACAGCCGGGAAUAUAAGGAACCAGGAAUAUUCAAGGGGAAGCGAGUUCUGGUGAUAGGCCUGGGGAAUUCAGGCUGUGAUAUUGCUACGGAACUCAGCCACACAGCUGAACAGGUCAUCAUCAGUUCCAGAAGUGGCUCCUGGGUGAUGAGCCGGGUCUGGGAUGAUGGUUAUCCAUGGGACAUGAUGUUCAUCACUCGAUUUGAAACCUUCCUCAAGAACAGCUUGCCAACAAUCAUCUCUGACUGGUGGUACAUGAAGCAAAUGAAUGCAAGAUUCAAGCAUGAGAACUAUGGCUUGAUGCCUUUAAAUGGAACCCUGAGAAAAGAACCUGUGUUUAAUGACGAGCUCCCGGCUUGCAUUCUGUGUGGCACGGUGUCCAUUAAGCCUAAUGUGAAAGCAUUCACUGAGACUUCAGCCAUUUUUGAGGAUGGGACAGUGUUUGAGGCCAUCGAUUGUGUCAUUUUUGCAACAGGCUAUAGUUAUGCCUACCCCUUCCUUGAUGAGUCCAUCAUUAAGAGCAAAAACAAUGAGAUCACCUUGUUUAAAGGUAUUUUCCCUCCUAAAUUGGAAAAACCGACCAUGGCAGUGAUUGGUUUUGUCCAGUCCCUUGGGGCUACCAUUCCCACAACUGAUCUGCAAGCCCGCUGGGCAGUACAAGUAAUAAAAGGAACUUGCACUUUGCCUUCUGUAACAGUGAUGAUGAAUGAUAUUGAUAAAAAAAGGGAGGGCAAGCUCAAAUGGUUUGGCACCAGCGAGACAGUACAGACGGAUUAUAUUAGUUAUAUGGAUGAACUUGCCUCCUUCAUUGGGGCAAAGCCCAAUAUCCCGUGGUUGUUCCUCACAGAUCCCAAAUUGGCUGUGGAGGUUUUCUUUGGCCCUUGCAGCCCAUACCAAUUUAGGCUAGUGGGCCCAGGGAAGUGGCCAGGAGCCAGAAAUGCCAUCCUGACCCAGUGGGACCGGACCCUGAAACCCAUGAAGACAAGAGCUGUUGGGAACCCUCAGAAACCUUGCAUGCUUUGCCAUUUGGUCAAGCUCUUUGUUCUUCCUGUUCUGUUCAUUGCUGUUUUCCUCGCAUUGAUCUAAUUAUCAUUCCUCACAGGAUUCUGAAAGUUACUGAUGACACCCAGGAUAGAACUCUCCUAUUUAAAAAAUAAGAAUUUCACACCUCCUACUUUCCUAUUCAGCAGGCAUUCGUCAGUAACACAGUACUACUUCCAGGCUUUCAAGUAAGCCCCUUUAAGAAUCAAAUCACCACCUAAAGACAGCAUUAAUCACUUUUCUUUAGGUUCCACUAACAUUUCAUAAUCAGAACUAUGCUUUUCACCACUAACCUCAAGCACCUCCUGAAACAUUUCGAUGUGAUUCCUUUUCUCCUUUAAUCAAAGUUUGAAAUACAUGCUUCAAACUUGAACAAAGAGCAAACUCAGCAGAGUAGUUAUGAUAUUCUCCAGCCACUUCUGAAAACCAUUUGCAGGAGAAUCAAGUAGAGAAUUUGGCUUUUAAUUCUAUUUUUGUUUUAUACCAAAUCCUCCAGGCAAUAUGUCCUGAUUCCUGGCCAAAAAGUAUAGCAUGGAUGGGGAUCCCUGGGUUGCUCAGCAGUUUGGCUCCUGCCUUCAGCCCGGGGUGUGAUCCUGGAGACGGUGAACAAGCCCCACAUCGGGCUCCCUGCAUGGGGCCUGCUUCUCCCUCUGCCUGUGUCUCUGCCUCUUUCUCUCUCUCUCUCUCUCUCUCUCUCUCUCUCUGUCUCUCUCAUGAAUAAAUAAAUAAAAUCUUAAAAAAAAAAAAGUAUAGUAUGGAGACCUGGUGUAUAAUGAAAGUUAACAAGAAGUAACAUUAAUGGACUGAUAAAGGAUAUAAUAUUCUUCUCAAACUUAUGUAGCCAACACAUUCUCUUAAUGUCCUAUUAAUGUCAAUCUUUCUCCAUACUUAAGACAUGAAUUAUUUUAACUAUUUUUGAUGUCUUAAUUACUUCUUUAUUAACAGCGAUGAUUUUUGAUCACUCAUUUUUGCUCUCAAGUUUUACUGAUAAAAUUAAAUAUAUAUUUAUACAUAGAUAUACAAUUUGAACAUAUGAAGCACAAAAGAUCUUUUCACUCCCAAUUUCAUCUCAUCAUAUCUAUAUUCGCAAUAAGGACACAAAAUUCUUACCAGGACUUAAAAAGUGCAUAAAUCAGGUAUUAAUAGCACAACCAAAUAAAAAUUGUUUUGUGCAGUGGCCACAGCUAUGCUGAUUAGAUCCGAAGCUGACCCACAUGAUCACAGGGUUGCUGACUGCACCCAGUUGGGAGGCAGGAACUUGAAUCAGGCUUUUGGCACUUCAGCCUUCUAGAUGUUUCAAGCUUCUGGUGCUAAGUAGUUGCUCUUCGCCAAAUACUUAGCCAAACUAGUGUGGAUAUAUAUAUACCAGUCUUCUCAUUCCUCUGUUCCUCCCUUUGUCCUUCCUUCCUCUUUAUCUUCCUCUUCUUUCUUGUUACUAUUCUAACUGCUUUCUCCCUUUUGCCUUCUCUGACUUCUUUAUAUUCCUUUGUCCCCUUUGUUGUUUCUUUUGCCUUCUCCUUCAGCAGGAAUGAUCAGUGGUAGACAUAUUCACUUUGAAGGACUCUUGGAUCUUCUGGGAUAGAGUCCCAGAUGCUACCCUAAGCAUCUUUCAAGAAGGGAGCAUAUUUCCCCAGAUGCAACUACCCAGCCAAACUCAGUGCUACUUAAUAUCCAACCUCACCAUUCAGUCCAAUCACUGCUCAAAUGUCAAUUCUAUGUAAAAAUACAAUCCUUUGUCACUUUCUACCUCCUGUCCUUUGUUUUUCCUCAUGGUAUCUAAUAUAGUCGCCAUGUGUUUGUGAGUGAUCUGUCCCCUCACGAGAAAUAAGCUCUAUGAGAGCAGAAAUAUUUUGUCCGCGACUAUUCCCCCAGGGCUUAGAAGAGUACUUGGCAUUUAGUAUGCAGCCAGUAAAUAUUAGCUAUUCUUGUUGAAAACAGGCAUUAUUUAGAUUCAAUCAAAUGUUCCAGAUGCACAAAGUGUUAAGUGUAAGGUGAUAAGAAACUGUUUUGCUAUAAGUGGCUCCUUUAAAAUGUAGGUUUUAUUAUUAUCUGGGUAGAGUGAGGCCAACAUAUCAGAAGAUAAUUUCCACUGAAGAGAUACGUUGCUAAUUAUUCACAAGCCACACCACAGCACACCAGACAGGGUGUCAGCAGGGUCAGACAGGAAGCCAAGAAAAGGAAAACAUGGGCAAGAGGCUUUAUUGUUUUUUUGGUGUGGUUUGCAGGUUUUUUUCAGUGAGAAGUAACUGGAGAGGUAGCAUAAGCGGGUUUAGGACUAGUUGGUUUGAGUAAUUUCAGCAGGGUGUAGGGGUUGCCCUGAGUUGUCUGGUACCUGGAGUGUGAAAGCCAGGGAGCAUGAGCUCUAGACUGGUUGCUGUGCUUAUGAAAGCCACACUCCUUGGGCCGGGUGAGUUUUUUGCUAUUUCUAUGGAUUAGCUGACCCUGGGAAAGGCAGUCCUGCCACAGCUAGCAAGGCUGCAAGAUGUCAAAACAUCAAAAAUAGAAAAUAAAAAGACAUGAUUAAUACAAUGGUCAAAUCUGCCCUGGGUUGGAGCUGGAGGGGGAGGCAGGAAUCAGACCCUAGAGAAGAGAGGAAUUACUAAAGUCAAAUGACAGGGAUUGAAGUGAGGUAGCAAAGCCAACUCACUGGAGCCUACGGUGGUGACAGAGGCCACCAAAGGGCUGGAGUAGUUGUACGACAAGAGUUUGGGAAUGUCCUGCUGUCUUCAAGUCUUAAAGCCAGGAGAUUUAGUGGAAAACCAUCUGCUCUCAAGACAAUUAAUUAAAAGGUGAACAUCUUCCCCAAAUUCAUUUGGGGAAUAUAAAUAAUAGUGAAAGGGAAUAUAAGGGAAGGGAGAAGAAAUGUGUGGGAAAUAUCAGAAAGGGAGACAGAACAUGAAGACUCCUAACUCUGGGAAACGA